AUGAAUAGUCCUUUCAAUUGUAAUCAAAUAAAUAUUAAUUAUUCUUUUUCUUUUAAUAAUGAUAAUACCAUAAAUGAAGGAACAAAAUCUCCUUGCAAGAAUUCUUUCACGCCAGAUGGUAAUUUAUCAUAUGAUAAGGAAUGUGUAGAAAAGAAGAGUUUAAUAAUUAAGGACAAGGAAGAAAAAAAUAUUUAUAUGUAUAAUAAUAUGUAUAAUGUUUUACAUAAUAACAAUAAUGAGGACAAUUCAUGUAAUUAUAUGUGCUAUAAUAUAAAUAAAAUGAAUCAAAAUGAUCAUACAAGUAUGAACAAUAAAUUAUUUAAUGAUAAAAAUAUUGUACCUUCUAAGGAAAAUAUAUAUACAAUGUGUGAUCUGAAAAGUGAACAAGAAGAAGUAAAAAAUAAAAAUGAAAGUGUCAUUUAUAAAAAUGAUAGUAUCAUAUAUAAAAACGAAAUGAUGAUUAACAAAAAUGAAAAUGUCAUAAAUGAAAACGACAUGAUGAUUAAACAGAACGAUAAGCUGAUUAAUAAGAAUGAAAGAAUGAUUAACCAAAAUGAUAUGAUAAUCAAUCAGAAUAGUAUUAUGAUGAACCAAAAUGAUAUGAUAAUCAAUCAGAAUAGUAUUAUGAUGAACCAAAAUGAUAAGAUGAUAAAUCAAAAUGGUAUGAUGAUUAAUCAAAAUGGUUUGAUGAUUAAUCAAAAUGAUAAUAUGAGUAAGGAUGAAAUGUGUACAUAUAAUAAAAAUGAUAUGUUCAAAAAGAUACCUUCUCAAAAUUAUGAUACAAUAAAAAGGGAAAGCAAUCAAAAAUUUAAUUCCAUUGAACAUAUUCAUAAUGAGAAUAUUGAUAAUAUUAAGAUAAAUGAAAAAAAUCCUAAGGAAUACGAUAACAAGUAUAAUCAUUAUAAUAUCCACUGUGAUAAUAAUGAUCAUAUGAAUAAUAUUGACUAUACAUAUUAUAAUAAUAAUAUAACAAAUAAUAAUUCAAAUAUUAAUUUGAAUAAAUCCAAAGAAGAGUUAACUAAUAAUAUAUCAUCCUGUGAUGUAAAUAAAAAAAACUUAAAUCAAAAAAGCGCUUACGAUCGCAAUAUGUAUAAUGAUAAUAUUUCUAAUAAUAAUACUUUAGUUCAUAAAAUGGUUACAAAUAACCCACCUAAAUUAUCUGCACAAACGUAUAGUAAUAUAAAUGAAUUAGGGAAUAAUAAAAUGAUAUAUCAUUCAAAAGAAAAUCUGGAACAAAUAAAAAAUCACAGCAAUGUUAAUAUUAAUAGUAAUAAUAAUAAUAAUAAUAUUAAUAGUAAUAAUAAUAUUAAUAGUAAUAAUAAUAAUAAUAAUAAUAAUAAUAAUAAUAAUAAUAAUAGUAAUAAUAAUAUUAAUAGUAAUAGUAAUAAUAAUAAUAAUAAUAAUCAUAAUAAUAAUAAUAAUCAUAAUAAUCAUAAUAAUAAUCAUAAUAAUAAUCAUAAUAAUAAUCAUAAUAAUCAUAAUCAUAAUAAUCAUAAUAAUCAUAAUAAUAAUAAUCAUAAUAAUCAAUCUUGCAAUAAUGCAAGUGAUAAUACCACCCUUUUGAUGAAUCGACAAAUAAAAAAUACAAACCAAACAUGCAGACAAAUAGAAGAGUUAAAAAAAAAUGUUGAAAAAAAUAAUAAUAUUAUUUAUAAUAAUAUAAUUAAUAAUAAUAUUAUUAAUAAUAAUAUUGUUCUUGAUAGCAUCCUAAAUAAUAAUAUAAUGAACAACAAUAUAAUUAAUAAAAGCUUUAUUAACGCAUCAAAUAAUGAUAUUAAUAAAAAUAUGGUAGAUAAGAUAAUAAAUCAGUGCCUAUUGAACAGUACCAAAAAAACAUGCAGUACAUAUAAAAAGGAUAAUAUGGUUAAUAUAUUACACACAAAUAAGGUAAAAAAUAAUGACAAUAAAAAAUUAUAUACCAAUAUGAAUAAUGUUAAUAUGGAUAAUAUGGUCACUAAUUACAAUAUGAAUGAUCAAAAUGUUCAUGAUAUGAAACAUAAGGUACUAAUGGUAAAAGAAAGACAUGAAGAAAAUUAUAGUCAUGUUAUAAAUGAUACCAACAAUAUUAAUUAUAACAAUAAAAUUAAUAAUUAUAAUAAUAUCACACCAAAAGGUCAUGUGGAUAAUAAAGAUACAUAUAAUUUGAAUUCUCGAAGUAAUAGUUGUUAUACUCGUAAUUGUGUUAAUUGUAAUAUAUUAAUAAAUAAUCAUAUUGAUGUAUCCAAUGUGGAUAACAUAUCACCACAUAGUCCUAUGUAUAAUCCAAUGACAAAUUUAUCAAGAGAUGAUAAACUCAGUUUGAAUAAUGUAAAUCACUUACAGGAAAUAAAUAAUAAUGAAGAUAAUAGUAUAUACUUCAACAAUUAUGGGAAUUAUAAAGAAGAAAAUAUAUCAAAUGUACAAAAUGUACAAAAUGUACAAAAUGUACAAAAUGUGCAAAAUGUGCAAAAUGUAAAAAAUGUACAAAACGUACAAAACGUACAAAACGUACAAAAUCUACAAAACGUACAAAAUCUACAAAACGUACAAAAUCUACAAAAUGUAGCAAAUGCAAAAAGUGUUAAUUCAUUGAAUGGCGAUAACAAUUUUGUUGCCGAUUCAAUAACCCAUCAUCAAAAUAAUAAUAUACAAAAUAUUACAUAUAGUGAAUGUAAAUUUUUGGAUAAAAAUAUUUACGAAGAUAAUAAAAUACAUAAGGAAAAAGAAUAUUCUUUUUACAACAAUUCUUAUGAAACAAAAGAACAUAUGCAAAAUUAUAAAAAUAAAAUUAUAACAAAUAAUAUUAAAAGUGAUGAUAUAUCUCCUCAGUUCAAUAAUAUGUGUAAUUUAAAUUAUACACCACAAAAUUAUGAUGAACAUGUUGUAUAUCCAAAAGAUGAUAAAAAUAAAUCAUUUGGAAAUAUACAAAUUGUACAUCAACAAAAUAAUAAUCACAAUAUACAUAUGGAAAAUAAUACGGAUGAAAAAAUGUUUAACAAAAAUGCUCAUCGUAUUAAAGAGGACAGAGGUAAGACGUAUUAUCACUGUGAAUAUAAUAUAUCGGAAGCUGUACCAACACAUAAUUAUAUGAAUAAUUUAUUAAUUAAUAAUUACAAUGGUGAAAAAUCAAAUAAUUCAGAAGAAGAUUACAUUUCAAAUAUUGAGAUAUAUAAUUCCGGUACAUACAAAAAAGUAAACAUGAAUGUGAAUAAUAUGGAGAGUACGAAUCAUUGUGGGCAUGAUUUCUAUAGCAAUCAAAAAGUAUAUGGAAUACAAAGAGAAGAAGAAAGUAUAAUACCUAAUUCGUAUAAUAGGGAUAUGUACGAAGGGUGUAUGGUAAAUGGAGAUGAAUGUAAAAAUGAACAAGUAGAAAAUAAUUGUGACAUCAUACAUAAUAAUAACAAUAAUAAUAAUAUAGAUGUAUCUAUGUAUACUAAUAUGUCGAGAUAUCAUAAAUCAAAUAAUGAUGUGUCCAAUAUGCAUAUAACAAAAGAUAUUAUUCAUUCAAACAAUUAUUCGUACACCAUUUUGAAUAACACAGAAAAUGAUAAUAAAACAAUAACUUAUGGAAAUUACUGUACCGCAAUAUUUGAUCCUGAUAAUAACACUAAAGAAAUAUAUAACGAAAAUACAAAAUCUAUAUAUGAUUAUUUAAAUACUGUAAAUUAUAAAUUAGUAAAUGAGAAACAUGUACAAACUAUAGAAAAUCAAAGGAUUGUACACACAAAUGAUGAAUAUGAUAAUAAUAAUAAUAAUAAUAAUAAUGAUAAUAAUAAUAAUAAUGAUUAUAGUGAUAAUGAUAAAAUGAAUACUUUUUUCAAUGAUCACCAUCCCAUGCAUAAUACACUUUCGCAUAUGAAUAAUGAAACCAAUUAUAAUAAUAAUAUAAUAAUAAAAGAUAUAUAUAAUACAUCACAAAAUACAGAAAAACAAUUUUUAAAAGAACAAAAAUUUGAUGACAGUUGUGUUAAUUCAAAUAGGUUUUGUAAUCCAAAUGAUUCUUCAUCUCAUUGUAUUUUAAAUGAUACAUGCAUAGAAAACAAUGGGAAAAAAAAUAAAACACAAGAAAUAUAUUGUAACAAUAAUAAAAUACAUAAUAUAGAGGAUAGAGAAAAUAUUAAUAAUUUUAAUGAGGUGUUUUUUUUUCUUAAGUUAUGGUUAUCAUCAUUUAAUAUAGGUAAAUCGAUACACUGCAAAAAAUUAAUAUAUAUAUCGGGUGAUAAAAGAUAUAUUAGAAAAAGGAAUAAUAAAAAUAAAACGUAUCCAUUUAAUUAUAAUGAACCAUUUUAUUUUAUUUAUAAACCAAAUAAAGACAUGUCUAUGGAUCAUCAUCAUCAUAAUAAUAUUAAUAAUAAUAAUAAUAAUAAUAUACGUUUGAAUAAUAUGAAUGGAAAUGUAAAAAAUAGUGAAUUAAAAAAUAAUUAUGAUUUUGUAAAAUAUUCAUCUAACCUUAAGGAUGGUGACCAUUCAAAUAUGAAACAUUCACAAGAUAUUCAAAAUAUUGUGAAUACUUCAAAAAGUGUUGAAUAUAAAAAUGAUAACAAUUGUUCUAAUCAAAGUAUAAUUAAUAAUAAUUAUCAUACUAUUGAUAAUAAUAUGAAUGUUUAUAAAAACGUGAUUCAUGAGGGUAUAGAAGAACCUAAUUAUAAUAGAAUAGUAGAAAAUGAAAGUAUUAAUAACAUAAAUAUGAAUUAUAAUAGAUACAAUAGUAUACAAAAUACAUAUAAUAAUGAUGAGAAUCGAGAAUUACAUAUUAAUAAUUCUGAUGAUAAGAAAGAAGGAAAUAUAUCUCAUAUCCCAUCCACAUUAAAUAAGGAUAGCUUUUGUUCUUUUACAACAGUUAGUUCUACUCCUGAAUAUGAAAUAAAUAAAAAUUUAAAUCAGUUAGAAAGUUAUAUUAAUGAUUUAUAUACAAAUGGAAAUUUUGAAAAUGAUAAUAAUAAUAUGGGCCCUAAAUUAUCUAAUAAUUUAUGUAAUAAUAAUAUAACUAUCAAUACAAAUAAUGUGAAUUCAAAUUUAGAAGGAAACAAGAAAAACAUGAAAACCAAAAAUUAUAUGGAUACUUUUACAAAAAUAACAUUAACAAAUGAAUCAAAUAAAAACAUAAGAAAUAAUAAAAAGGAUAAGAUAAGUGAACAAAUGAUAUCACCAUUUAUAAAAGAUGAUAUUAUAAAACAUAAGCAAUAUUGUAUAAACAAUGAAAAUUAUAAUAAUUUACAAAUGGAUAAUAAUAAGCAAUCAUUGCAAGUAGCACCUCAUAUGAGUAAGGAAAAUGAUUUAAAUGAUACAAAUAUAUUUAAUAAUAAAAAUAAAAAAAAUAAUAAAAAAAAAAAUAAUAAUAAUAAAAAUGAUCAAUUAGGCAACCAUAACAAUUUUUCUUCUUCAUAUACCAUAAAUAAUAUGAAUGAUAAUAAGAAAGAAAAGAAUAUAAAAAAUAAUGAAAACAAAAUAAAUCCUGUUGUGAAUAAUAUAAGAGAUAAUGUUGUAACUAAUAUUUCUAAUUAUAAUGAUAAAACCAUAAAUAAUGAUCAUAAUAAUAAUAAUAAUAAUAUAUACAACGAAGAAAACUUAGAUUAUAAUAAUAUGAAGUCUCUAUGUUACAACGAAGAAUUAUUUGACGAUGAUAAAAAUGUACCAAAAAUAACAGGUGUUAGUUAUGAUAGGAAACAAAAAAUAUGGGUAUCUCAUUGGAGAGCCAACUGUAAAACUAUACAUAAAUAUUUUUCUGUUAAAAAAUAUGGAUUUGAAAAAGCUCGUGAGCUAGCUAUUAAAUGUAGAGAAGAAAAUGUGAAUUAUAGUACAACGAAUAGUAUUAUAAAUAAUAACUUUACAAAACCUGCAUAUCCCUUGCUUAAUAAUAUUUUAAUAAAUAACAAUAUAAACACAUCUGAUUUAAGGGAUUUUAAUUCUUCUGAUAAAUUAAAUGAUCAAAAUCAUUAUAGUAAUAGUUAUGAUUUAUAUGAGCCACCCAAAAAGAAAAAGAGAAACAAUAUAGAUGAAGUAAGAAAAAAUGAUAAUCAGGAAAAAAAAAAAAAGAAAAGAAAAAUUAAUCAUAAUAUUAGUGAUAAUAUGAAUUAUUAUCUUAACGACACAAAUUAUAAUGAUAGUCAACUAAGUCAACAUAUUUACCAUGUUAAUCAUAAUCUUAAUGAUAUUUAUCAUAAUGAUAAAUAUAUAUCAACCAUAGAAAAUAAACAGAAAAGAGAAAAUAUCUCUUCAAACACAUACAAAGACAAGUAUGAAAAUUUCGAAUCUUAUGAAAAGCACCAAAACUAUAAAAAUGAUAAAGAAAAAAUAAAUAAUCAAUAUGUCUUACCAAAAAACAAUACAGAUAAUUUCUCUGAAAAAAAUAUUGAACAUAUUUAUUUGAAUACACAACACAAUUAUAUAAAUACUAAUCAAGGCCCAUUGAUACCAUAUGAACAAGAAAAUAAUAAUAAUGAAGAAACCCAAAAAAAAAGGAAAAAGAAAAAACAAAUUCCACAAAUGUUAGAAAUCAAUAAAAACACAAAAAAUGAAAUACAAAAUUUUACAGAAAAAAAUAAUAAUCAAAUAAAUAAACAAAUGUAUACCGAAUUAUUAAGUGCACAGUUAAAUAAUAGUAUAAAAUAUAUUAACACCUUGAAUAACCCAUCGCUUAAUAGCAAUAAUUAUAUGAAUAGCACUUAUAAUCAUAUGUCAAAUAAAAAAGAUCAACAGCCACAAAUGAAGGACAUAAUGAAUUAUACAAAAGAAAAAUUUAAUAAUAACAAUUAUGAUAAUAAUGAUGAAUAUAAGAAAAGUCAUCCAAAAAAUUAUCAAAACAUUCAAAAUGAUAAUAAUGUGUAUAACCCAUGUAUAAAUAACAAACAAAUAUGUAGUAGUAAUAAUAACAAUCAUAAUAAUAAUAACAAUCAUAAUAAUAAUAACAAUCUUAAUAAUAAUAACAAUCAUAAUAAUAGCAAUAAUAAUAAUAAUAAUAAAGGUACCUAUUUGAGGGAACAACAUAAUUCAGAUAAUCACUUACAUUGUAAUCAUAAUUAUUAUAAUACCAUUGAUAAUAAAAAUGAUAGUUCUUAUCAAAAUUUUGAUCAGAAUAAGGAUACUUUUAAUAAUUCAAAUAAUUACAAGUUAUCCGAUUAUUUUAAAAUAAAUGAUUCUUCUACAGCUAGUGUCGCAACUUCUGAUAAUCAUUAUAAUACAAUGCACAAAAAUGAAUUAACAGAAAACCACCUUGAUAAUAUGGAUAAUAAUAAUAAUAAUAAUAAUAAUAAUAAUUAUUAUUAUUAUUAUUAUAUUAAUAAUUAUAAUCGUUCUAUGCAAGGACAAAAUAAUAAUAACAUAACAAGAAAUAUGAACAAUAGUAAUAAUACAUACAACGAAAUAAACCAUGUAUAUAAUAAUAUCCUAAGUAAUUGCUCAUAUAAUAAUUUUCAUAAAAAUCAAAAUAAAAUAAUGCAAAAUAAUAAGGACAUAAAUAAUAAUAAUAAUAAUAAUAAUAAUAAUAAUAUUACGACUAAACAUAAUUACCACUUUGAAAAAAAUAAUAAAAAUUUUAUUGUUCCCAUACAAAAUAAUCAACAUUUUACAAAUCCAGAAAUCCCCAUAAAAAGCGUACACUUAAAUAAUAAUCAAUAUGUAAAUAAUAACCACCCCACAAAAAAUUAUCAAAAGGAAUCACACUUAUUUGGUAAUUCCAAUUUUCACAUGAACCAUUAA